AUGGAAAAGAUCUUGUGCAGAUUAGUUGGGUUUCAAGUGUUGAAUCUUUCCCCCAAAUAUGAAUUUACUGUCACUGUGUCCAUAUCGUACGAUGUGCAGAACAUGUUACUGAAGUAUGAGGCAGUCACCGAAAUCGAUGUUAUCACCUACACAAUGUUAUAUAUAACCAAUGAGAUAUUUUCCUGUCCAAUAUUGUACGAUGUGGUUAAAGUAAAAUUUGUACUCUCUGAGGCAAAGGGUGCGCCAAGACCAAGCUCCUCCAGAGCUGGUCUCCGGCUCCCCAUUGGUCAUAUUCACCGGCUGCUGCGCAAGGGUCACUAUGCCGAGCGGGUCGGGGCCGGAGGCCCCAUCUACCUGGCCACUAUCCUCGAGUACCUGGCGGCCGAGAUCCUCAAGCUGGCCGGUAAUGUGGCCCGAGACAACAAGAAGACCUGCAUCAUCCCCCGCCACCCACAGCUUGCUAUCCGCAACAACGAGGAGCUCAACAAGCUCCUGGGAGAGGUCACCAUAGCCCAGGGUGGGGCCCUGCCCAACAUCCAGGCUGUGCAGAUGUCCAAGGAAACCGGCCACCCCAGCCAGGUUUAUGCCUGA